UCUGACACCGGCGACAUCGGCAGCUUCAGGGCCCCCGCGCCGGGACUGAUUGGUUAAGCAAAAAGGUGUUUUGUUGCAUUUUUUUCCGCUCUCUCCGUGUGUGUGUGUGUGUGUGUGAGUGCUUUUAUUGUCGCUGUGGCACACGAGCGGCGAAGCAGCCGACCAAAGCGCAAUCGGAGACGCGACUUCACCCGCCCGAAAGCUCACGCACGCACGCACAACCAUCAUCACACUCCCACCCACCACGCCCAUCCACCCAGCAUGUCAGGUCAGCAUGUCGGGCGCACCACCGAGCACGCCGAUCGCCGCACGUCGCAGAUCUGAGGCAGUGAUCGACGGGCGCCCGGAAGAGAGGGAGCAGGGAGCAGGACGCGCGGUCUCGUCCGCUAGUGCGACCGGAAGUGGGCUGCCGCACCGACCGGCACCGAAGACGCUUACCGGCACCACCACCAGCAACAGCCACCCCGGCACCCCCGGCGACGAAAUGGUGCGACGGUACGAAUUUUGCAACACCACCACCACCGCCGCCGGACCGGAUGUUGUUACGAAUCCAGUACGACUGGUGGUCGUGCGCGUACGUCAUCGAGACGACAAUAUCAACGUACAUUUGCAUACCUUCCAACGGAACGGGGGCAGGCGCACCAAGGACGGGGAGCGGCCGGAGACGGGCGGCACCAAAUGCGUGCCGCUGCGCAAGGACUGGUGCCGGCUGCUCUGCCCCGGCAUGAUAUCGGUACACGAGCUGCUGCUGGCGGUGUUCCUGAGCAUGGCAGUGUUUUCCGUUGACUCCAAGUCGCUGGACACGAAGCAGCAGCAGCAGCAGCAGCAACAGUCACAGUCCCAGCAGCAGCAGCAUCACCAUCAGCAGCAGCAGCAGCACCAUCACCAUCACCAGCACGGUCAAACGCCGGAGCAGCGCAUGUGGCUGAACCCGUGCGGCUACCCGUCACCGUACGAGAUCACGAUCAACACUCCGAUCAAUAUCGACUUUUCGAAGAUGCGCGACCAGGUCAACACAUCGCUCGGCACGAUGGAGGUGUCGAUCAGGAACUACACCAAAACCAUCUUCGGCGUACCGAUGGACCGGCACCACACGACCUGGGAAAGCCGGGACGAGCCGUGGAUCUACAAGGACGGGCUGCGCAUACCGAAAAAGUUCCGCAACGACAUCGUCGACACGAUCUACAUGCGCAUCUCGUACAUGUCGCUGCAGGAGGCGACGCGCGACUUCUACCGGCUGCUGAAGGACUCGUACCGGCGCUACAUCCGGCUCGCCAAGGGCAUCGAGAAGAUGAAGGAGGACCUGGAGAACGUGCACAACAAGGCGAAGUACAAGCGGUACGAGCUCGAGCUGCUGAACCAGGUGCGGGAGGAGGUGCGGCAGAGCCUGCAGCAGGUGCUGUGCGAAAUCUUCGAGGUGCUGGUCGUGAUCGACAAGAAGUUCCUGUUCCAGACGCUCCGGGAGGACCACACGAUCGACAUCAACGACUCGUACCUGGACGAGAGCGAGCGGAAGCUGCGCGACUGGACGAUCUACCGCGAGCUGAUCAACCAGCUCGAGUACAUCAUCCAGUACAUGAAGGCGCUCGAGCAGCGGCGCACGCACGGUGGCAACCAAAGCAGCAGCGAGUGAGGAGUGGAGAUUUGGACGGGGCUGGAUAAAGAUUGGGUCGGGUAGUUCAACGGAACAAGAAAACACAUGCUGUGGUACUGAUGGAAACGGGGAGAGACAGAGGUUAGAGUGCCGAUAGUCUCUGUCUCUUUGGGACGACGCACACCAACCUACCUCUGCGUCUCGCUUUCUCUUCAUCAUCAUCAUCAUCAUCAUUAUCGUCGGAGAUUAGCUAAGCGACGAACCUAGCUGUACUGUAAAACCGCACGCCAUGCUAUGCGCACAACUACUAGAAGAGUAUUAUUUAUAUUACAAACGAGGAAGAGUAUAUUAUUGUAUGCCGUAACAAACCUAGCAAAUAAAAGCAAAAGAUUCAUCUGAA